UCACGUAGGCUUGUACGUUUUUGUUUCGCAAAAAACACUAAUGUGGCAGAUCAAAAUACCCGUCGAAGCGAUGAAUGAUUUCAAAUGAUUAUUAUGGACUCGUAGUUUUAUGGUUGCAGGUAAGAAGAAAUGGAAAGUUAAAUUUCAUCGUAAAAAGUCUGCGCCAAGACGUUUUCUUCCGGGUUCGUUUCAAGCCGAUGUACAUGUCGUACGACCGUGGAUAGCUCGAGUCGUUGGAGUGGCAGUCCUACAGGCGGAUCUCCUAGGAGAGUGGCGGUUCUCUUAAGUACAAGCACCAGAUAAUGGAUCAUGGACCAAAUUUUGAUAUUGGAAUACGGUAUUGUCGUUCAGAUUGUGAAAAAGGUCAUUUCUUUAGUAUAUUUUUUCUUACUUUUUUUCAGAUCUAUGGCCACCUCAGCUGAUUUCAAUGACGACAUAUCCUGUACAAUCUGUCUGAACAUAUUUGUCAGUCCACGGUCGUUGCCAUGUGGGCACACGUUUUGCCACAACUGUUUAAACGAGCACAUUAACAAGACUGUCACUAGGAGCACAUUCAGUUGUCCGAUCUGCAGAUACUCUGCCAGACUCGUCCGCAGAAACGAUGAUCAAGACAAGACUGAGUCCCUGGCGGAACAAUUCCCAAUUAACUACGCACUCGUCCAGACCGUCGAUGCCAUGCAGAAAUUACAAACACAAUACAUCAAAGCCCAGUUGAAAACGGACCGUGAAAACCUGGAGCGGUCAUAUCUGCUGGCAGGACGAAAAACUGAUUCACAAUGUGAACAGCAACUUCAACAACUAGACGUGAAUGUUAUCCAGAUUUCAGAAAACAUCGAUAAAACAGCGUACGAAACAAUUGAACAGCUAACAUCUGCAAUUCGUUCUCAUCAGAAGAUCUUGCACCAACAGCUCGUCAACUGUCACAAAACUGCUCAAACAAAAAUACUAGAAAGAUCCAGACGGACAAAAGCAUUGUUAACUGGACAAAAAGCGUCUGUUGACCUAUUGUUGAAUGCCUCAACAGUUUCUGAAUCUGAAAUACAAAAUGAGAGAGAAAAGGUUGAACUACUACAUAAAACGUCGACAGAUUUUCGCACAUCCCAUGAUGAAGUUUCUCCUUAUAAAAUAACCUUCACUAAAUCUAACAAUGUGACGAACAUUUCCACCCAUUUCGGUACGCUGAAACUAACAGAGGAACACACAGCGUCAUCCAUGAAUGCAUCUAGUGAAUCCAGACAGGCACUCCGACAGAUAGAUCGAGAAAAAGACAGUCUCCAGCUUGUUACGACCAUUAUGGCAAAUCACAGCUCUGAUACAUUCGACCCCAUUCUGACAGCCAUUGAUGUCCUACUCGCAGGAGGUUCACUGAAGAUACUCGUUGCAGACAACAACAACCACUGUGUCAAGUCCUUCAACCACGACGGCACACUGCACUGCCUCUACAAACCUAACGGUAUACCUAACGGUCUUGUUAAGUUUCGUGACAACGAGGUAGUAGUAACUCUAACACAACAGAAGGAGAUCGUGUUUCUGAAGGUUAACGACAAAGACAUCACACUGACAAAAAGAGUGACAACUGAGAAGUCUUUUACAAUGAUAACUGUCUUACCGAACUUCAAUCUGGCCGCUGUUGAAGAUGUUUCAGAUGGUAUGCUUUAUGACAUUAUGGACCAGGACUGUCGUGUAAUCUGGUGUGCACAUGAUAUUUUACCAAAUGAGUAUCUUGAAUAUCUCACUGUGAUUUAUGAUUGUCUGCUGAUUGGGUCUAUGGGUUGUCACGAAACUGCCGGAGGUGUGAAAUGUGUAACAACAUCAGGUGACAUUAAAUGGGCGACUAGCAAUGAAACUGGGCUUAUGCGCGGUGGCGGCAUCACAUGCGACGCCAACGGAUUCAUUUAUGUUGCUAAUCCUGAGAGAGAUUCAGUUGUUCAGCUGACAUCCAGUGGUCAAUUCGUAAGCAACAUCAUCACCCAGGACCACGUGUCUUAUCCCAAGCCUAUCUGUUUCUACCAUGAUCAGCUGUAUGUGGGUCAGAGAAAGGGCGAAAUAAAGGUGUUUACCUGGAAGACAAAAUGAAAUAAAAUAAAAUACAAGUGAAAUGAAGGAUGUAUGUUUAACAACGUUAAGCAUAUUUUAACCUGCGGCUAAAAGAUGCCCACCAUAGUGGUAACUGUGACUCGGUCUGCAAAGUGAGAACACCAUUCUGCUAUAGCCACACUGACUAUUCUUGUGAAAUAGCCUCAAAAGUCUGUAAUAUGCACUUUUUCCAGACAGACAUUACAUAUAUUUAAUUUUAAAAAAUUCCGAUAUUUUUACACAAAAUUGCGUUUAUAUUUUAUAUCUAUAAAUGAAAUGUAUUCCACAUGUAAACAUCUACAACAUUAUGUGAUUACCUGUGUAAAAACAUGUUAAAGGGACAUUCCUGAGUUUGUUGCAUUGUAAGAUGUUUCUGACUAAUAAAAUAUUUCUACGAUUAAACUUACAUAUUAAAUAUAGUUUCUUGUU